CCCAUGGGCUGCCGCCCGCCGCCUCGGCUGCCACCCAGGAGCCGGCAGGGAUAAGCGCAGGACCCACCGGUCACCAUGUCCGGAGACUACGAAGAUGACCUCUGCCGACGGGCACUCAUCCUGGUCUCAGACCUCUGUGCCCGGGUCCGAGAUGCCGACACCAGCGACAGGUGCCAGGAGUUCAACGACCUGCGAAUCCGGGGCUACCCCCGGGGCCCCGAUGCAGACAUCUCGGUGAGCCUGCUGUCAGUCAUCGUGACGUUCUGUGGCAUCGUCCUCCUGGGCGUCUCCCUCUUCGUGUCCUGGAAGCUGUGCUGGGUGCCCUGGCGGGACAAGGGCUCGGCCGUGGGCGGUGGCCCCCUGCGCAAAGAGCUAGGCCCUGGGGUCGGGCUGGCAGGCCUGGUAGGCGGCAGUGGGCACCACCUGGGGGCUGGCCUGGGUGGCCACCCUCUGCUGGGGGGCCCACACCACCAUGCCCACGCCGCCCACCACCCGCCCUUCGCGGAGCUGCUGGAGCCGGGCAGCCUGGGGGCCUCGGACGCCCCUGACCCCUCCUACUUGGACAUGGACUCCUACCCAGAGGCCGCCGCCGCCGCCGCUGCAGUGGCUGCUGGGGUCAAACCGAGCCAGACGUCUCCUGAGCUGCCCUCAGAGGGAGGGGCAGGCUCUGGGCUGCUCCUGCUGCCUCCUAGCGGUGGCGGUUUGCCCAGUGCCCAGUCACAUCAGCAGGUCACCAGCCUGGCGCCCACCAGGUACCCAGCCCUGCCUCGGCCCCUCACCCAGCAGACCCUGACCACCCAGCCGGACCCGGGCAGUGAGGAGCGGCCACCCGCCCUGCCCUUACCCUUGCCGGGUGGUGAAGAAAAGGCCAAGCUCAUCGGGCAGAUCAAGCCGGAGCUGUACCAGGGCACUGGCCCCGGCAGCUGGCGCGGCGGCGGGGCCCUGGGCUCUGGGGAGGCCGGCGCGGGAGCACCCUGCGGCCGCAUCAGCUUUGCCCUGCGGUACCUCUACGGCUCCGACCAGCUGGUGGUGCGGAUCCUGCAGGCCUUGGACCUCCCGGCCAAGGACUCCAACGGCUUCUCAGACCCCUACGUCAAGAUCUACCUGCUGCCCGACCGCAAGAAAAAGUUUCAGACCAAGGUGCACAGGAAGACCCUGAACCCUGUGUUCAAUGAGACGUUUCAGUUCGCGGUGCCCCUGGCCGAGCUGGCCCAGCGCAAGCUGCACUUCAGCGUCUAUGACUUCGACCGCUUCUCGCGGCACGACCUCAUCGGCCAGGUGGUGCUGGACAACCUCCUGGAGCUGGCGGAGCAGCCCCCGGACCCCGUGACCGUGACCGCGGCGGGCAGCUGCGCGGGGUCACCAGGAUUGGCCCAGCGUCAGACUGAGGGGACGGACGGGAAACCCGAGUCCUGGCUGGACACCAGGGAGGAAGCCCUGGAGGCUGGGGGGGUCCUGACCCCCCUUUCCCCACGGCAGGAAAAGGCGGAUCUUGGGGAGCUCAACUUCUCACUCUGCUACCUCCCCACGGCCGGGCGCCUCACCGUGACCAUCAUCAAAGCCUCUAACCUCAAAGCCAUGGACCUCACCGGCUUCUCGGACCCCUACGUGAAGGCCUCUCUGAUCAGCGAGGGGCGGCGCCUCAAGAAGCGGAAAACCUCCAUCAAGAAGAACACGCUGAACCCCACCUACAACGAGGCGCUGGUGUUCGACGUGGCCCCCGAGAGCGUGGAGAACGUGGGGCUCAGCAUCGCCGUGCUUUGCCUCUGCCCCGCCCUCCUGAACCUUCUGAAUUUUCCGUUUCAGGAAAAGACUCUGACCAGCUUCACAAAAGGUGGCAAAGGAUUGUCAGAGAAAGAGAAUUCAGAGUGAGGGGUCUGGCCUAAGCCCGGGAUCGGACCAGGCCCCUCAGGACCCCAUUCCUUCCUGCCCGGACCAUGAACUCAUCUCCUCGAAGCCAUAACGUCCGAGCUGCGUGGUGCGGGCGGCCCUGGGCCCGCCCAUCCUUCUCCCCCCAGGAGGCGGGAGGGCAGGCGGCCCUGGGCCCAGCCCCCUGUUUCAGGGCGGGGGCAUUCAGUCUCCACUGUGUCUGUCUGUCCUUCCCUGGGGCUCCCCUUCCAGGCAAGGGGCCGUGCAUGUCUGGGGGACCCCAGCCCCCCAAGCCCUCCGUCUGUCUCUCUGUCUUUUGCUGUUUGUUCAAGACUUGGUGUCCUGACCCUCGUGCUCACCAUGAAUGUCAACGGACCAAUCCUCCGUGUCCCCCCAGACACACACACACCUGGGUCUACCCCUCUGUGCGCCACCCCCGCGUCUGGCCGAUCCACCCACUGCUGCUGCUAUCAACACCAGAAUAAACACCGUGGGUCUCACUC